UCUAAACAAAAUAUCACAAAAGAAGAAAGAACCCAUCAUCAUCAAAGAUCUUUCUUUCUCUUUUCUCUCUUAUCUCCAAUUAAUCUGAGAUGCUUCUACAGAGCGGCGCAGUCGUGAUUCCUCUGUUCCAAUCAACCGCCAUUACUAAGCACUAUUUAAGAACCCUAAACACACCAGCUGGAAAUCUUCCUAAUACAGAAAAGGGACUGAUUUUGGAUAAUAAUAAUAAGAGAGGUUUUCAUACAAUUGGGUUGCCAUCGACAUCCUCUAGGGUUCAUGCUUCCUUACUUGAAGCUCCUGUUUUAUGGGUUGGAAGGAUUUGUGUCUUUUAUGCCCUUUUGAAGACUGGUUUAGCUGGAUCUCCUUCCAAUCCACUUAUCUCAGAUGAAGUGGGUGGUGGUUCUGAUCUAGGGUUCUCGCAAUGGCUUGAAGAGUUUCAAGGAAAACCAGAGAAGGAAGCAACAGAAAAAAGGAAAUUAGUAAGCAAGUGGCAUCCAACAACAAAGGGUACACUUAAACGAAAUUACAGGGUAAAUAACAAGUCAGAUGGAAAGCGAAUCCUUAAAGCAAUUGCUUCUUUGCUUUCAGAAGAUGAUCAAUUUAGAGAUGCUUCUUCACACAAGGGUUGUCAGAUCAGAAGGCAAAGUGCUCAUGGAGAGAGUGUUUGUUGUAACAAUGUUAGGGCAUUGUUCGAUGAACUCCCGACCCCUCAUGUAAUCAUCGAGAUCACACCUUUUCCAACCGGUCUUCUCACAGAAAUCGACUACGCCAAGGCCGAGAAGUUAGAGAGGGUUAUUAGGGUUUAGUCUUUCUAAAUUUUGACUAUUACCCUUGAUUUCUCCAUGCUUUUAUGUACAUGAUUCACCCACUUUUGUAAAACUACUAUGUUUUAAUGGUCAAAUAUGCCCACACUUGUUUGAUUCUC